UCUGCACGUCAACAAGGAGCACACACGCACCACGCACCCAACGUCUGCCGCCGACCAUGACGUCGAACACAUAUGAGUUUGAUGCGCCGCAGUGGUUUGACCUGGGCCACUCCCACGUUUACAAGGAUGAGCAUCAUGACUGGUUUCGACAUCCACAUGCCAGCCACGAGAAGGGAGCACAGCUUGGCCAAUCACAGCGGACGCAGCGGGCACGGAGAAGAACGUCGCUCGGGCUUGGGUUGCGCAGCGCAGAUGUGGAGGCACGGCGUGCGCGGCGAACGAGCGUUCGCACCGCUACACUCUCAACCACCGCCACCCUUAACAGCACACAAUCUGGCGAAGCCUUGCAGCCAUCUGCAGCACCCACGGCACAUGUCGUGACGCGGGGUGUAACUAAUACACCUGACAAUGACGACCUGAUUCAACAGGAACUGGCAAGAUUACACCAGCAGCAACAACAGCAGCAGCAGCAGCAGCAGCAGCACCAAGAAUAUGAGCAGGGCGCACAAAGUAGCAGCAACACGCCGCCAGCAGCAGAGCGUUCCCAGCCAUCACACAUGAACCAAAUCCGUCGUCAAGCGACAAACAACUGCCCAGCAGCGUCCCCAGCAAGAACAGCUACGAAACGCGUGGACUCUCGCGUGCUCCGCGCUGUGCGUGAGAGUCUGUCUGGCCCUGACUCUCCUCUCCGGGCCAUGCGGUCAAGGCUCGCGCUUGCAGCCGCCAUUUCGUCAGCUCGCGGGUCUCCGGCUGACCAACCGGACGCUGCGCCCUCAUCACCGUCACCACCACAGUUUCCCGCUUCGUCAUCUCCGCCGCUUGCGCCAGCCACAAGCGCCACAACAACAACAACAUCAAGCGCAAGCGUGGCGUUGUCAUCAUCACAGCUAUCAAGACGCGCUGCGAGCGAUGCUGCUGCUGUGAACAAGGCGUCGCGUCGGCAGCGGCGGUCUCUUGUCGCAUCUGCACGCACAGUACUAAGCAAGAGCGGCGGCAGCACAGAUGACACGAGCACGUCCACGUCACUGAUGAUGGCGGAUGGCGCGCGCGCGCACGACAAGGAGAACACACACAGACGCGUCAGCAUCACGUCUGAGCGCACGCGCACGCUCAAACCUGACAGAGACAGGCAACGCACAACAGGCACUGCACUGAACAGUUCCACAACAUCAUCAUCGUCGCUUUCAUCGGCAACAUCCUCCACCAUCACGAGCGCGAAGAUGAGGCGGCGGUCGGGUUUCACGCGCGUUCCACUUGGCAGCGCCAGCACCAACGCAGCGGCAACGGCUGCCACGGCUUCCAGGGCGGCCGAUGUGAAGCGGAGGAUGGCGUCCUCAAGUGUGAUCGAUCCGCGAUCGCGACCGCCCGCCAAAACAGCGGCAGUGGAGACGUCGUCAGCCAAGGCACGAACUUCCAGCCGCUCUCUUCGCCGUUCCCUCAUUGGAUCUGGGAGCACAACAUCGUCGUCGUCAUCUUCGUCAUCAUCGUGUCGGUACAACUUGAGGAGCUCUUCUCGCCGCUCCCUCGUGUCCUAA